AUGUCAUCUGGAGUGAAGGCUAGAGUUGAGUUGAUACAUGAUAUGGCUGGAGCAUUCAAUAUUGACUGUGGCGCCACAGACUACUACAAACAGAUUCCAAGCGAUACACUGUGUUCGGCAUUCGCCACAUUGACUAAUCCUCUACUACAAGAGGUAGAGGAUGAUAUAAAGUAUCAUUACAACAAUCAGCAACAACAGCAACAACAGUCGACCAACUCGAGUACCACAAAUGUAAUACAACAACAACUAUCAUCAUCAUCAUCAUCAUCUACCACCACCUCUACUUCUGAGCUUGUAACGGAUAGUCCUAUCCAGCCCAGACUGAAGCGAUAUCGACCAAAUGAGCCAUCACCAAACCUUAUCUCAUCAUCAACACAGCAACAACAGCAGCAACAACAGCUCUACGAUAAUAAGUUGCAGCAACUACAAUUACAACAACAACAGCAACAACAACAACAAAGACAGCAUGAUGCCAACUUUGUACCCAACCUACUGUUCACCUACAUGGACGAGGACAUCACACUCAAUCGAUCGGUAGUCGACGAGAAUGAGGUGGAGGUGUUCUGUCACAACUUGAACAAGGACGGUGCCGGUCUGGCCUAUCUCGAUAAUGCGGAUGACACCCAGCAGCAGCAGGAGAGACAGCGACUCAGACAGUCCUCGUCCUCAAUCGUAAUAGAUUGUGCACAGCAACAGCAACAAUGCAGCGAUCACAUGUCAUCGUCGUCUUCUUCGUCGUCGUCGUACCAUAACAAUGGCAUCCAACUCAUGCAUCAUCAGACCGACAACAGCAACAGCGAGAGUAACAACAACAACUGUACAACAACAACAACAUCAUCAUCAGCCACAUCCUCGCCGUCGACCUCGUCGCUCAACAACCAUCACCACCACCAACAACAACACCACCAGUCGAGUCGCGCCGACUUGAUCCGUUCAAGCGCCGACAUCCAUGUAGAUAAUGUAGAUAGCUCAUCCAUCGUGCUCAGCUCCUUCUUCUCACACCUUUAUAGCGUGGCCAAUAAUGUCAAUGUCAAUGGCAUUGGCAGCAUGGGUGUGGGAGUUGGCGGCGGCCUCAACACAUCCAACUCAAACAUCAACAACUUCAAUGUCUAUAAUACCAUCGCCAGUAUCAACAGCAGCGCCAACAAUUGCUGCAGUAUCAACAACAUUGCCAACAACAGCAACAACAACAACAAUAUUUAUGAUCUGAUCACUCAAUCAAGUGUCCACUCAUCUAUAUGCGCAGUUCCAAACUUUAUACAUAACAUUCAGCAUCCUGACAAUGAUAUUAGGAAGUCAAUUGAGAGGACUGUGCCAGAGGAAGAGGAGGACAUUGAGGACGAUGAUGAUGACGAUGAGGAGGAGUUCAAUCCUUGGGUGUUCAUGAAGAGUCUCUCAAGGAGUAGAUCGAUCACACCGCCAACCAAUCGCAACAUCCUUCCACCAAAGGACGACAAGACGCCAAAGAUAUCCUUGGUGCUCGAUCUGGACGAGACACUGGUGCACUGCAGCACCGAGCCAAUUGAUGAGCCCGAUCUCACAUUCCUCGUCACGUUCAACAGCGUCGAGUACCGGGUCUUUGCCAAGAAGCGCCCCUUCUUUGAGGAGUUCCUGGCCAAGGCGUCGACGCUGUUCGAGGUGAUCAUCUUCACGGCGUCGCAAGAGGUCUAUGCCAACAAGCUGCUCAAUAUGAUCGAUCCGAACAAGUACAUCAAGUACCGCCUGUACAGGGACUCGUGUGUCUGUGUCGAUGGCAACUACCUGAAGGAUCUGUCGAUACUUGGUCGCGACCUCUCUCAGGUGAUCAUCGUGGACAACUCACCGCAAUCAUUUGGAUUCCAAGUGGACAAUGGCAUACCAAUCGAGAGCUGGUUCGAGGACCAGAGCGACAAGGAACUCGUCACCUUGAUAUCAUUCCUCGAGUCGUUGCAAGAGGUGGACGAUGUUCGACCUGUCAUCAGGACCAAGUUUGGACUUCAAGAGCUCAUUGAUAAGGCUUGA